AUGGUGACGAACAAGAAAGAUACCGAUGAAAACAGAGAUGUUCAAGGUUCUAUUGUAACAAAAACUUCUGCAAUAUUCCCAGUUUUAGUGGGAUUUAGAGUAAUCAACUCUUUAUUAACAAGGACAUAUUUUCAGGCUGACGAAUUCUGGCAGUCUCUAGAACCAGCGCACUAUAAAGCAUUCGGUUAUGGUGAACUGACGUGGGAGUGGAAAGUCGGAUUACGUAGCUAUGCAUUUCCUAUGCUAUUUGAAAUAAUCUACAGGCUAGUUAAGUUACUGGCAAUUGCUUCGAAAGAAGCACUAUCAAUCAUAUGUUCUAUAGGUGCAGGCCUUAUGCUAUUGUGUUUUCCUCAAUCUAAGUUAGCCACAGAAGUAGCACGCGAUUUAUUGACUAUACCGAAUGAGUACAGCGAAACUGUUGAGUAUUACGGUGUAAUAUAUGCACCAAAGUUAUUUAUGGCUCUGCUGGCGGCUACAGGUGAAUAUUUUACCAUUAAAUUAAUACAGAAAGUGUAUUUAAAGACGGUGUCAAAGAAUGACGAUCAGUUACCAAAGCUAUCUAACAUAACCAAAAUUGCAUUACUCUUAACAUUGACUAAUUUCUUCAAUUGUUUUUUUAUUACCAGAACAUUUAUAAAUUCUUUCGAGAUGAUAUUAACAUCCAUUGCAUUGUAUAAUUGGGAUUGGUCGGGCGGAAUAGAGAUUAACACAAGAUCAUUUACAAAAUCAUUAUUUUUUGCGAUGUUUGCAUGCAUACAAAGACCUAGCAAUGCUAUAAUAUGGAUUGUAUUGGGUUUUUUUCUAACCAUUAAUCUUUUAUUGAGAAGAGACUAUACACUUAUUGGGAGAUUAUAUGCUAAGAUUCUAGUAGUAUUCACCAUUACCAUGUUAGUAAAUGUUGUUAUUGACUUCUAUUUUUACAACCAGAUAAUUUUUCCUGUUUUCAAAUUUAUAAAUUUCAAUUUCACCAGUAUCCUGUCAGAAUUCUAUGGUGUGGCCCCAUGGCAUUUUCAUUUAUUACAAAGCCUUCCUAUUAUGCUAGGUUAUAGUUUACCUUUGUUCAUCUAUGGUCUUUUUAGCAAUGAUUCGACUACGAAAAAUAAUAUCAGAUUUGGUGCUUUAAGGCAAAUUAAAUUUGUUCUUAUUCUAAACAUAAUUUUUUAUUCAUACCUGAAGCAUAAGGAAUUCCGCUUCAUCUAUCCAUUGCAACCUCUUUUCUGUUUGCUAUCCGCUCUUGGUGCCCUAAAAUUGGCUGGAAAAGUUCAAAACUAUAGGUACUUGAAGGAAUAUGUGUGGAUAAUCCCACUUAUGUCAAUGAUAGUUUCUAUAUUUAUAACAACCUUCCAGGAAAGUGGAGUCAUACAGGUGAUGAAAGAUCUUCACAAUGAGAAAGACAUUGAUAGCGUUGGUUUUGUUAUGCCAUGCCACUCGACACCAUGGCAAUCUUAUUUACAUAGAAAUGAUAUUAGACAACUCUGGGCAAUAUCAUGCGAACCACCAUUACAUUUGCUCGGAAAAAAUAAUGCAUCAAUUGAAUUGCAGACAUACAUGGACGAGAGUGAUUAUCUGUAUGAAAACAUUUCUGGCUUUAUUAAAAAAAAUUUCCCAAAAUUCACCAAUUCAAUGGACAUGGAAAAUGUGAACAACAACGCAAGCAUGCCCCAGUUUCCUCACGAAUGGCCCCAAUUUUUAAUUAUUUUUGAACAAUUAGAUAAUGAAUUUAUGAGUCGUUAUUUGCUUGACUCAGGGUAUGUCAAAUACAACAAGAUCUUUAACUCCUAUUCUCAUUGGGAUUCUAGAAGAAACGGUGAUCUCAUAAUUUAUUAUAAAAAUAAUUAG